UCGAAGGCUAAGAUUAUUGCGGAUGUACAAGGUAUCCACCUUGUAGAAACAUCAUAUAGAUUUUACGGUUCUGAAAUUAUUGCAGAAUAUUCACAUAAUCAGUCAAGUCCAAGCAACCAAUUUUUAAAGAAUAAACGAAGUGCGGACGAUUAUGGAUCGACUCCUCCAAACAAGAUCAGAACUAUCAACAAGGGGACUUCUCAACAAAAAAGAUACGAUAGUGAUUCACCACCCCAUGACGAAGAUUAUUUUUUUUCUGACUCUGACUCCGAGAUUAUACCUGUUUCUCUUACGAACGUUUUUCUUGAAACUUCCAUCGAGCAUGAAAGGAACCCAGACCAGACAGCCGAAUUGGAUAUAUCUUUAAUAUCAGUAAAGAAAGCGGAAAUUAAGAAAAUAUUAAUGCGUAUUUUGGCAGGAAAGAAGUUAACAUACAAUGGUGUAGACGUGUUGAAUUUUGUUCGUUCAAACAUGAAUAAAAAUAAGACCACAAAAAGCCCUUUAUGUAUUGGUGUUAUUAACAUCUAUAAUCCUGACAGCACCAAGUUUUUACCUGACGACUUUAAACGUUUUAUUACCAACCAACUUCAAGACCAAGACUCCGAGAUCAAGGCUGUCUGUUUUGCUACUGAAUUAAGCAUUGAUAAGUUUGUAGUGAAUUGUGAGAAAGAGGUAUUGCAAUUCUUGGAAAAGUUCAAUGAUAUAGGGGAUUUGGACGAGCUUAAUGCGUAUAUUUGGACUCCGCUACUUAGGAAUGCCUUUCUCGGAAAGGAUGAUAUGAAAUUAAGUUGUGGGGAGCUAGCUUCUAAGUCAUAUGAAAAACUCAAAGAAAUCCUAAACAUUGCUGGUCGUAGUGCUCCAAAGUUAGAUGGUAAAGGAUUCCUUAAAUCUUUAGGCACUGAAAUCCUUGCUCAAGAAGACGGUGUCCUAAACAUCCACAGCAAAAGGACAGGUGAUCUUUGGAAAUUAGAGUAUCGCUCCAAAGUGACCCUCACAACCCUAUUCUUUGCGCUCCCUUCUGCCGCCAAAGCUGAUAUUACGAAAAUCGAAACUUACAAUCUUCAAUUGAAUGGAUUUCAUCUCAAAAUUUCUGCAUCGAAGUAUUUGUUUGAAGAUACCAUUGUUACAAUGGAUUUACAGCAUGUGGAAGUUCCAAGGACC